AUGCCGGCGCGGAGGGUAUUCGAGCUCUUGGGCGCCGUCGUGGCAGAUGGCUGUGCAGCCCGGCUUGGACGACUGUCCAUUCCUGGAAGAAGGCCAAUCGAGACUCCGAGCUACACUGCCAUCACCUCUCGUGGUGCCAUACCUCACCUCACGCCCGACAAUGUCACCAGGUAUACCAACUGGGGUGCCGCCUACAUGGCGCUGGAAGAUUUCGUUGAACGAAAGGAACCACCCAUCUACAACACCCCUGAGCAUGACACACUCCGCCGCCUGCACAACUUCACAGCCUUGGCAUCAGACAGAGCCACCAUUCUGGGAGCAAGAAGAUGCCCGGCGGUAACGACCCCCAUGGGCAACGGCGCAAAGACCGUCACGCUCUUCACCUCAACAGGCUUUGCAAGCGUCAAUGUGUCUCAAUAUGUGGCAGCAGUCAAGAGCCUACAGCCGGAUGUGGUCGUGCCCUUGGCAGAUUCACUUCAUACGAGCUCGACUCCGGCAUCGAAAAAACUCAUCAAAAUGGUAGAACGGACAGAGGAAUGGGUCGAUGACUUCCUGCGACAGUUCCAAAGUAGAGCACAUUUGGAGCAAUUGGGCAUUUCGGUAUUUGCCCCGGUUCUCCCCGUCGAGUUGCCAAUUCAGUGGGAUUAUCUGAGACACAUCGCAGAAGACGUUGUAGAUGACGUCUCGGGCCUGGCGGUUUACGACGUCAACAUUUUGCCCGAGCUCAAAUCGUACACGUCCCUCGCAGCGUUGCCAAAGUUGUCUCUUGAUCAACCCAAAUCUCCUCAUGAUGUUUUGCGCCAAAUAUCUCUAGGCGUGGACAUUUGUGCAUUGCCAUUCGUGAAUGGCGUUUCUGAUGCUGGAGUAGCACUCACAUUUUGCUUUCCAGCACCCGAGGUAGAAACACCACAGCCGAUGGGCAUCGACAUGUGGUCUACGGAUCACAGCGUCGCGGUGGUGCCGCUGAAGGAAGGUUGCGGAUGCUAUGCCUGUACCAAUCAUCACAGAGCAUAUCUGCUGCAUUUACUCAACGCAAAGGAGAUGCUCGGCUGGGUUCUUCUCCAAAUCCAUAACCACCACGUCAUUGAUGCAUUUUUUCAGGGUGUUAGGAAUGAGCUGCAGAAAGGGUUGGACAGCUUUGAAGAGCAAAGUAAGAAGUUCUUGGCGGCAUAUGUGCCCGAGUUGCCAGAGGGCACAGGCGACCGACCCAGAGCUCGGGGAUAUCACUUCAAGAGCUCGGCCGGACAAGAAAAGAUCAAUAAGUCUACUUGGGUGGACCUGGACAGCAAAGUAAAUGGAUAUUUCGCAGAGAAUCUAGCCAAUGGGAGCAUAUAG